AUCAAGGGAGAUGCACAACGCUACAGUUUUAGGCUUCUCUGCAAUUCAUUUCAGAAAGGUAUAUCAGGGUACAUUUUUAUUACGCGACUAUUUGGUGCUAUACGAGUGCAACACGUGGGUUUAUCCGUGGUUUCUACUCUUGACAUAAAUAAAAUAGGAACAGAAAAUAUCACAAAUUACUGUAAAAAUGAUGAAAACAGACAUAAUGAAACUUGCGGAUCAAGCAAAGAUGCACGAGAAUGUAUUAACUGUAAUGGCUACAGUGGAUACAGGAUUCGAAUGGAUGGCUGUUGACGAGUACAAGGAGAAGCUAGGUUCAAAUGCACAAUAUGUGAAAGAACGAGGCAGAAUAUACUUUAAUCUGAGGCAGAAGGAUUUCUCAAAAGUCCAAGACAUGAGGUCCAUUGACAACGUCUACAUAGUCGCUGAUGCGAGCUGGCUGCCAUUUUCUGGGAUUAUGAAAGGAAGCGAAUUAGACUCGGACCUGGAAAUCAUAAGAAAAUUUGCCAAGGAAAAGAUAUCUUUAAGAAGGGCCUUGGAUGCAUGGAAAGAAAUUGUAAACUUUCAUGGAAUAAUGUAUCCUUCCCUAAGGGAAUAUCAGGACUCCGAUUUAGCACUUCAAAGACCUAAGAGUCCUGUCCAUUGUGCUAGAACAAAAAAACGUGGUCUUGAUCCAUCCUCGGCUUCUAAGGAGUCUCUAUUGAGGUUUCGAGUAACUUGUGAAAGGACAGGUUCACACUCAUUCGAAUCACAGGAUGUAGCAAGAAUCGUAGGUGGAGAAUUGCAAGAUACAUUCAAUUGGAUCGUAGAUCUGGUGCAAUACCAUCUACAAAUAGUUUGCCAUGUCAAAUUAGGUGAGAUUAUUACAAGUUUACGUGUUACCCAUGAGUCUAAGCAUCGUAGAAACAUUCAGUUUUAUGGGCCCACCACUCUACGUUCAACUAUAUGCUACAGUCUAAUUAGAUUAGCCAGUCCAUUACCUGGGGACAUUAUAAUCGACCCUAUGUGCGGUGGAGGAUCAAUUCCUCUAGAGGCAGCCAUUGCCUUUCCAAACACAUAUCUCCUGGGUGGUGAAAUACAUUGCAAUGCAGUGGAUCGGGCCAGGGCUAACGUAGCAGCAAUGAAUGUAGAUAGAAAACUGGACUUGAUCCAAUGGAAUCUACUCCAUCUACCUCUAAAGGAUUCUUUUGUGGACAUUUUCGUUACUGAUAUGCCUUUUGGUAAAAGAAGCGGAUCUAUAACGGAUAAUCGUGUGUUCUACAAGAAAUGGCUCCUUGAGAUGGGUCGUGUCUCAAAGUUAGGAAGUGGACGGCUCGUUUUACUUACAAAAGAUCGACGAAGCAUCGCAACGGCACUGAAAAUGUAUGGAAAGUUAUUUCGCGUGACGAAGACUCUUGGUGCUAAUAUCGGUGGACUUCAAGCUGCUGUUUACGUUUUACUUCGCACCAACAUUAGUUGGGAAGAUCACAAAACUGUAGAGCACGAUGCUAAGCGAGUUAAAGUUCAAGAAUAGUGACAACAAACCAUUUUAUAAAAUUUCAUUUGAUGUAAAGGAAAAGAAAAGAAUUGUAUUUAUUAAUUAAAUACUUUAUUUUAAUA